AUGGCACACACCAAGCGAGACCUAAAUCAACUCGCCAUUGACCUCUUGGUCCUAUCCAGAUUCAACCGCUACAACCCGCUCCUGGCUACUUUUGCCGGAGUCUGGGCUACCAUCCUGGCCGGAUCCGACAAAGUCGCUCACUCCCAGGGCCAAGCUGCGGAUACAGACGCCAUCUCACCAAGCUAUGUCCUCCAACAAGCCCUCCUCUGCUUCACAUGCAGCUUCGUCUUCUGCGGCGCCGGAAUGGUCUGGAACGACUGGAUAGACCUGCACAUUGACCGAAACGUCGCCCGGACCAAGAACCGCCCGCUUGCACGCGGGGCAGUCACGACUUCCGAAGCCUUGCUGUGGAUGGGCGCUCAGUAUGUCGCCAGCUGGUUCUUGGUUUCCUUGAUGCUGGAUGGGGAGAAUGUCCCAGCAGCGAUGCUCCCCGUAACUCUCAGCACGAUCCUCUACCCCUUCGCCAAACGCGCCAUCUUCCGCCGCCUGCACAUCUACCCACAAUACCUCCUCGGCUUCACCCUCGCCUAUCCCUCCCUAAUCGGGGUCCUCGCAAUAAAAGGCCUCGACCAGCCGCUCGCAGCAUCCAUAUCCGAAUCCCUCCCGCUGGGCAUAAUGGUCUUCGCCUGGACGCUCUACCUCAACACCGCAUACAGCUACCAAGACAUCGAGGACGACCGGAAGAUGGGCGUCAACUCGGCGUAUGUGCUCGCGGGCUCCUACAUCCACUACCUGCUUGUGCUGCUUGCGGGGCUGGCGCUGGGGGCUUUGGGGUGGCAGCUUGCUGGGCAGGGGUCCGAAUGGCUCUGGGGCAGUUGGAUGGGGGUCUGGGUUUGGUCGUUUUUGGGCCAGCUGGCGAGGUUUGAUCGGAAGAGGCCGGAGAGCGGGGGUGGGUUGCAUCGGGAGAAUUUUCUCUUGGGGGUUUGGACGGUUGGGGUUUGUGCUGUGGAGCUGGUGCUUUGA